CUAACUAGCUGCUAAUACAGUCCUUCAACGAUCGCGCUUUACAAUCUGCGGCUGCUUGUAUCUAAAAUUAACGUUUAACGUUAUUUAAAAAAAAAACUGAGAUCUUGUUUAAGUUUAGUUUAUGUUGUUAGCAACCUGCUAGCAAACGUUGGCUAACGGUAUUCAGCCCAAGGUUUCACUAUGGCAAGUGCAGCAAGCGCCAACCUAAAUGCAGUACGCGAGACCAUGGACGUGUUACUUGAGAUCUCCAGGUUGCUGAACACCGGUUUGGACAUGGAGUCCCUGUCGAUAUGCGUCAGACUGUGCGAGCAAGGCAUCAACCCAGAAGCUUUGUCUGCAGUCAUCAAAGAACUGCGUAAAGCUUCUGAAACCCUCAAGGCCUCUGAAAACAGCACUAACUGAAGAUGCAGCCAGACCGUCUCAGUUUGAACUUGAAUGGGUUAAUGUCCCGCUCCUGGAUCUGUACCUGCGAUGGGAUCUCCAGCCAAUCAGAUUAGCCUGUGUGUUGGCACUGUGUCCUCUGCGCCUCCAUGGUGACUCAACUGUUCCCGUUCUGCGCUUUGACUUGUGUCUUGAGCUUUUGUGUGUGGGUUGGGGGAGGUGAAUCAACCUCAGCCCUCUUCCUAAACACGAGUCCUCUCCAGACAUUAGAGCACGCUGCGCCAUUCAGCCUCAGAUCUGUGUGCGAGUUUCGGCCAUUUGAAAAGUAGAAGAUCCGAGUGGUUUUACCAUCGACUGCCUUCAUUUGAGAGUAUACUUAGUUUCUGGUGGUCUACUAGUGUUGCACCUUUUCAUGGGAAAAUGUUUUUAUGAUGUUUUGAAAUAUAAUUUGCUUUGAGUUUUUUUUAAUUUUGUGUAACCAUAAUGCAUUUUUCAACUUGAUCCUUUUGAUGUCUAAAUUAAAAUGUUGCCGUCAAUAACCACAA